ACGCACCAAUGCGCCUGCGCGACUGAAACAGGCUGCGGUGCGUUCGUAGGAGGCGAAAAAAAAGAAGAAAGAUGAGGUGCACUGCAGCGGACAUGGCGAGCCGUCUCCUCUUCAUUUUCGUCACGCUGAUUGCAGUCCCGUCCUCCAAAUCCUGGAACCUGGAGGACGCGCAGAUGGCGUCGGUAGCCCUGGAUCCCGAAUCCCUGGAGGAGGCCUCGGGUUCAUUCAGUCAGGUCGAGAGGCAUCACGUGGUUAAAAGGACGCACGCCGCACUGGACCUGGACACUAUGAUUGGCUACGCUCCUCCCGCCGCACAGCCGGACCUGCCACAGGAGGUGGGGCCUCACCAGUUCUUGGAGGCGGAGUUGGAUGAAAGCGGUCAUUUCAGCGGAUUCGGCGCUCUUCACUCUUCCGUGUCAGUGCCAACGGCAGGCACAGCGUCUUCAGACAUGGCUGCCGCUACGUCGGCACCUGAGUCAGGCACGGGCACUGACUUUGGACUGUUAGGUGUCAAAGAUUUCACUGACAAUGCAACUGAAGAACAUCCUGAAGUGGACAAAGGCACCCAGCCUUGGCAGGAAAUUGGGCUCAUGCCCACCCCUGAUGUUUCACCCAAAGGGGGCUUGGCUGAGACCCGCUGGAAUUGGAUGACCACACCCCCUCAAGAGUCACACGUGUUGUGCGUGGACUGGACGCAGCCGAGUGGUCACGGUUACGUCAUCCUCAACAUGACGCACAACCUUAACUGCGAGGAGUUCCGUGGCGAAGGCGGUGUGCGCUUGCUAAAGACGAUGGAGCGCCGUUUUGCGCGGCGCAUGAACAGCCCUGAGGGAUCAUGGGUAAUUUACCUGAGCAAGCCAAUCCACAAACAACGACAGAUGCUGAUGCACGUGGCAUCGGAGCACGGUGUGAUGUCCACCAAUGACCUUCUGAGCCUUUUGGGAGAAAUGCGUCUAACUUUAAACAAGGUGGGGAUCCAGGACUACGGUGCGCCCCCUAUGUGUCCGCCCCGUCGAAGUCCGUCCCAACGCAGCGAUUACAGCAAACUGUUUGUGGUUCUGGUUGUUAUUGGCUCCAUCUGUCUGGUCAUCAUCACAUCAGGCUUCAUCUACAUCUGCUGGCAGAGGCGCCCGCCCGCCACCAAAACCACUUUCCAUGCUGAAGAGCUUCGCUUUGUGGAGAACGGUUGCCAUGACAACCCCACUCUGGACGUGGCAGGUGACAACCAGCCUGACACUCAAGCCGAACACCACCAAGAAGAUAAAGAACAGAACAAGAAAAAGCCUAGUACCAACGGAUUGGUGGCUGGAGGCGAUGGCGUUUGCGGGGUUGAGAACCCUCAUUGGCAGGUGUUUGUCAAUCAAGCAGCAGUUGAAGAAGAGGAGGAGGAAGAAGAAGACACACAUCUCUGAUGAAGAAGGACAACGAAGAGAAUAGAGUGUCCGUGCCUUGAGGGAGGUCACCAAAUCGGAGUCGCUCACUCACAUCAUUGCCAGGGCUUGUUAGCCAAGCUAGCUAUUAGCCAUAUUUGCUCUUAGCUUGCAAUUGGCGUUCAUCGCAAGCAUGAGGAACACAAACAAACCAACAAAAAAAAAAACGAAAAAACAAGCACUUUAACGCUCCGAUUUGAAAUUUUGAUAAGUUGUAUUACAACAAUUUUAUCCUAAAUAUAAUUUGUUUUAACAGCAAGAUAGGAAUGUACUAAGCCAUGUCAUAUUAAAAAACAAACAAACAAACUUGCAUCUCAAGCUGACCAGGAACAACCAUCUUAAAAAGCUAACAUGCUAACAGUUGCUAUGCUUGGCAACCUGGCCUACAAAGCUCAAUUUAUUGGCUGUGUUUUGCUAAAUUGAAUAAUGAUAAUAGUAUUAGAGAUUGUGCUUCAUUGUUAUUUGGAAAUCCGAACGAUAAUGAAUACAUGUAUUGAGUACAUGAAGAAGUACAUGCUAUUGACUACUGACUGCUUGGCAAUGUUUGCAUUUGUUAGCGAUGCUAAUGCUGUGAAGAAAACAAGUUGUCAAAGUGACAAAUUGUCUUUAUUAUGCGCGGUGAAUUUGUCAUGGCUCACUCGUGUAUUUGUCAGUUUAUGUACGAAUAAAG